AUGUCUUUCUUCAGUCGACUAUUUAAAUUUCGAAUAUUCAAAUUUCGUACGACUCUUGCCGAAGAACUUGAAGAUCUUCAUUCAGAGUCACUCCAUUUACAGCAUAGUUUAACUGAAAUACGUCUGCUUCAACGAAAAUGGACGAAAUUAUUUGCUAUCUAUGCUGUUAUUGCGUAUUUAAUUGUGAACAUUGUUUAUUUUACUCUUUUUCUUUCACAUGAUUAUAUUGUUCGUACUUAUGCAGUUCUGUUUUCUUUAACACUUGGAGCUUUACUUUAUGGAAUACAUUGGCUUAUCUGUUGGUAUUUUCGAACUACUAUUCAAAUGAAAGAAGAUCGAUUAGCAUUGUUCAAAGAUCGAAAACAAGAAUUGAUUGAAGAAGUAAAAAAUAAGGAAACAUAUGCAGUAGCUAAAAAUAUAUUAGAAAAAUAUGGUGAAACAGUAACAUCAGAAGUUCGACCAACACAAGUGGAAAAUAAUGAUAGAAAUCUACGUCAACGUGUAUCAAUCAAACCAACACCACCCGGUUCCAAUAAAUCUUCUACUCCUGUUCCAUCACCUAAUAUUGGUACAUUAGAAACGUUUAAUCCACAAGGAUCAGCAACUAAUGGACCAAAUCGUCCAACUUUUAAUGCUACACCUGGUAGAUUACCACGAGCAGUUUUACCACCACAACGAACAUUCUUGGGAACAAUUCUGGAUGCUAUUGUAGAAUGCAAAAUCGGUUGGAGUUUUGCAUAUUGUAGUUUAAUAUGUGACAAACGUUUACAUGAACGAUGGAAAUUUCGAUUUCGCUAUGCAUUAAUCUGUAAAUCUUGUAAUAGUCAUAAUGGGAUGGCAUUAGAAGAAGAAUUUGAAUAUAUAUCUUUUCGUUGUGCAUAUUGUAAUUAUUUUAAUAGUGCACGUAAACAAAAGCCUGUCUUUCAAGGUAAUAUUGUUGCACAUGAUCCUCAAAUAAUAACAAGUCAAUCACAAAAUGAAUCUAAUAUUGAACAUAGAGAAUCAUCUAAUUCUAAUGAAGAUAAUAUAUCAAAUAAUACAGAUUCGAAUGUCAUACGUCGAUCAAUUAAUAUCCCAGCUUCAGAAGAAACUAAUGAAUCUCAAUUUCGUUCUACAUUAGUUGAAAAACAACGAGAAAAUAAUCUCACAUCAUCAUCAUCCGAAGAAAAUUGA